AUGGCAUCUGGCAAUACUUCUGGGGAAAUGCCUGGUGUAGAACAGGUACUUGAAAAAGCACUUUCCGGAGAAGAACUGUCCUCUGUAAUGACUAUCCUAAAUGGCAAAAUACUGCCAACCAUUUCAAUUCCAAAAGAGGUAAAAGAAGAGGCAGAGAAGCACAACUUUGAAAUUAGCGGAUACGUGAUCGACGCAGCUCCAGAACAAACUCGCACUCCUCGGAAAGUUCGUGUUGCCGCCAUCCAAAAUGCCAUUGUGGAACCUACUAAUGCUCCCGUACAACAACAAAGAGAUGCGAUACAUUGCCGUAUUAAAAUGAUGGUUGAAGCUGCUGCCGCCUGUGGAGCAAAUAUAAUUUGCAUGCAAGAAGCAUGGACAAUGCCGUUUGCGUUCUGCACUCGCGAGCGUUUGCCUUGGACAGAAUUCGCCGAAUCUGCAGAAAACGGACCAACGACACAACUUAUGCAACAACUUGCUAGAAAACACGGCAUUGUGAUUGUCUCUCCAAUACUAGAGCGCGAUGAGAGGCGAGAUGAUGUACUAUGGAAUGCCGCAGUUGUUAUCUCCCACACCGGCAACGUUAUUGGAAAAUCUAGGAAAAACCAUAUUCCGCGAGUGGGUGACUUUAACGAGUCCAAUUAUUAUAUGGAGUCAAAUUUGGGACACCCCGUUUUUGAAACUGCUUUUGGUCGACUUGCCAUAAACAUUUGCUACGGAAGACACCAUCCUCAAAACUGGAUGAUGUACGCCCUUAACGGAGCAGAAAUUAUCUUCAAUCCAUCCGCAACCGUUAGCGGACUUAGUGAACCUUUGUGGAGAAUUGAGGCAAGAAACGCUGCAAUAGCUAACCAUGUUUAUACUGUAGCCAUAAAUCGUGUGGGCACAGAGAUUUUCGAACACGAAUUUACUAGCGGAGAUAAAAAACCAGCUCACAAAGAUUUCGGACACUUCUUUGGAAGUACAUAUGUUGCAGCACCAGAUGGAUGCCGAACUCCAGGCCUUUCACGCACUCGAGACGGAGUGCUAAUAACUGAAAUCGAUCUGAAUUUAAACCGACAGACAAAAGAUGCUUGGGGAUUUAGAAUGACCCAACGACUAGAUAUGUAUGCGAGGGAGAUAUCGAAAGCCGCCGACCCGUAUUACAGGCCCCACAUCAUUCGUGAAACUUAA